AUGACAGAAACCAAAGAAAAGAGAAAGUCAGAUUCCUUUUUUAGUAGUCUAUCAAAGAGUAAAGACAAAGAGAUUAAAGAUAACUCUUUAAAUAGUAGUAGUUCUAGUUCUGGUUCUGCUACUGCAAACGAUCAUCAUCAACAACAACAACAACAACAACAACAACAACAACAACAACAUAAUGUUGACAGUUCAAAUCAAAAAAGAAAAUCAAAAAUGAAUAAUAGUGGAGGAAUUGAUUUGGCUGAUUGUAAUAAUAAUAAUAAUAAUAAUAACAAUGUAACAUCACCAACAAAAAGACCUGUAUCAUUAUAUCUAAGUAGUAGCGGUGGAGGUGUUGGCAGCGAUGGAAUACAAUCCAACUCUUUAAAUGAAGUUGGAUUAUUAUCAUCAAAGAAUUCUAGUCCAACUUCAUCGCCACCACCAUCAAGAAGAUCUUCUGGUAAUCAAUUUAAAUUACCUCCAAAAACUGGUUCCGUUUUAUAUUCAAUCAUUUAUGAUAAAUCAAGUAGUGGAGCAGAAAAAUUAGAUGAAGAAGAUUUGGUUAGUCGUGUCAAUCUUCAGCGAGUCAUUGUUAGCAAGAAUAAAUUGGUAGAGAUACCAAAUAGAAUUGGUGAGUUGAGUAAAGUGGUUACAUUGGAUUUUAGUUACAAUCGUUUAAAAUCAUUGCCAACAUCUAUAAGCACAUUGACAGAGUUGACAACUCUAUUAUUGGCAGGUAACCAAUUUAUGAUACCUGCCAAAGAGGAUACUACUGCUCCCACUACUAGUUCUACUCCUCCUCCAGAUGCUAUAGUUAAUCAUUCAGAUGUCGAUGAUCUCACUCUACCAACACCAACAUUACAAUCAAGUCAAGAAACAAAACAGACUGUUUUGACAACCGACCACCAACCCAACCAUUUACCAGCCGAAUAUGGAUAUAUUAGUACAUUGACCAAAUUAGAUUUAUCAUCAAAUACAGCACCCGGAUGGGAUGGUGAAAACUAUCUACCACCUUCACUGUUUUGGUAUAGUCAAAUUUCAACACUCUAUUUGGCACAUUGUCGUUUACGUGCAAUAUCUACAGAUGUUCAACAUUUACAAGCACUCACCUAUUUGGAUCUAUCUUACAAUUGUCUAAAGGAUCUACCACAAGAGAUUGGAACGUUACGUGCUCUCACCUUUUUCUCAGUGCGUCACAACUUGCUCGAUCAAGUACCAAGCGAGUUGGGAAAUCUAGAGAGUCUAACCAAUCUAGAUAUCAGUCACAAUCAUCUCAAAGAGUUACCAGAGGAACUACGUUAUCUCACACUUUUACAAACAUUCAAUGCAUCUUUUAAUAGAUUACUUUUAAUACCAGAUAGUUUAUUUGGUGGUGGUGGUCAACAACAACAACAAGAGCAAGAACAAGAUGGUAAUGAAUAUUCAUUGUAUAGUUUACGUGAUUUCAAGAUACGUUCAAAUCAAAUAACAAAGUUACCAGAAAGAUUAUUUUCAAUUGGUUGUCCAUUUACCCAUCUAGAUCUAUCUGAUAAUCGUCUACAAGAUCUACCCAAUGUUCCUACAGCUGAUGGUCAAGGUUCAACAUCAUCAUCAUUAUCGACGACGAUGGUAUUAGAGCAAUUGACAACAUUACUAUUAUUUAAUAAUCAAUUGAAAACAUUGCCAAACAACUUGUUUAGCCAAUCACCAUCUCUCACUUGUCUUAAUCUAUGUGACAACCACUUGGAAGAGUUUCCAGCCAAUAUAUGGCAAGAUUGUCCAUCAUUGUCACAGUUGUUUUUGGGUUACAAUCCAAGUCUAAAGGCACUUGCCUUUCCCAAAGAUUCUUACUACUCACUCGAAGAACUAUAUCUCAAUGGCAAUGAGCAAUUAACGAUUGGUGCUGCCGAUCCAACCGUUGAAUACUUUCCAUCACUCCGUGAGCUAUCGAUGGCUUCAUGUAAAUGGGCUCAAGUGCCUCGUUUCAUCUAUCUCUGUCGUUCACUCGAGAAAUUAGAUCUCUCCAAUAAUCUACUCAAAUCGGUUGAUUGGACAGAGUUUAUGCAACUUGAAAACUUGCAGGUUAUAUCGUUUUCUUGUAAUCAACUCGAUACUAUCCCCUUUGACGAGUUACUUGCCACGCUAUCCAAUCUAUUUAUCUUUGACGUUUCAUUCAACUCGUUAACGUCCAUACCCGACAUCUACCUCUACAACCAUCCAUCGUCACCCUCUUCACCAUCGUCACCACUCUCAUCGCCACGAGGCGCAGAGACACCUGCACCUGGAGCGAUGAGUCGUAGCAGCAGUCAAGCUUCAAUCAACACCAAGACCAACUCUCUUCAUCUCAUCUACCAUCACAACAAACUAGCCAAGAAUGGUGAUUUGGCAGAUUUGAUUUGGACGGCAAGCAAACGAUUCAACUUUGAAAUGGCAGAGAUGAUUGGACGUCGUCCAACCAUGGAAGAUGCCUUUUCUAUUAGAGGUUGUUUUUCAGGUUCUUCCACCAUGGAUCUCAUCACAUUGUUUGAUGGACACGCCGGUCCACGUGCAGCAACCUAUUCAUGCGAGUGGUUCCCCGUUAUCCUAAAGACACUUAUCGAUAGAUAUCCAUCGCUGCCACCUCUACAAUGGCUCAAACAGGCAUACAGCGAGGUGUCACUACAAUUUAAACAAUACAUAUCACACGAGAAACCAGAACUAAAGUACUGCGGUGCAACUGCUGCUGCCAUCCUAAUCAACGAACGAUACUACUUUGUCUCAAAUAUUGGUGAUACUCGUAUCGUUUUGUGUAGAAAUAAUAGAGCCAUUCGUCUAUCGUUUGAUCACAAACCAAAUGACCAAAAAGAAGAGGCUAGAAUACGUAGAGCCGGUGGGUUUGUCAUAUCGAGUGGUGAUACUGCUCGUGUCAAUGGUACAUUGGCAGUGUCUAGAUCGAUAGGUGACUUUUACAUGGAACCAUAUGUCAUACCAGAUCCUCAUCUAUCGAUUACAGAGUCUGACAAAUCAGCAGACCAAUUUAUCAUUGUGGCAUGCGAUGGUGUUUGGGAUGAAAUUGGUGAUCAAGCUGCCUGUGACAUUGUAAUUGCAUCACCCAAUAUGAGAAUUGCAGCUCAACGUUUACGUGAUUAUUCAUUCUUUAGAGGUUCCGAUGAUAAUAUUACUUUUAGAAGAAGAAUGUUAUUCUCUAGUUUAUCAAAACAAAACUAUGAUGAAUCAAUAUAUACAGGCAAAUAUCGAUAUUGGCUAUUGUUACUAGCAGAGAUACAGAUGUUAUUGAUUACUGGUAUUGUAUUUGGUUGGUCACCUCUUGAACAAGAGAUGGAAAGACAGGGUGUAUUUAGUUAUCUUUGUAAGCCUGGUCAAUCUACAUGUAAUGAUCAAUCAUUAAGACUUAAUUUAGUAUAUACAUUGGGUGCAUUUACAGCCACUGGAUCAGCAUUUCUAAGUGGUGCACUAUUUGAUAAACAUGGACCUAUUUGGACAUCAUUGGUAGCAUUAAUUAUAAUGAUUGGUGGUUCCCAAAAGUAUGAUAUUCCAAUUUCAAAUCUCUUCCUCUACUAUAUCAUCAUACUUGUACUAUUAUUGGUACCUAGUUUGUUUAUGAUGCAUCAUAAACCAUAUCUACCAUACGAAGAAUUUAUAUUAUCCAGAACGAAAUUAAAAGUCGACGAGCAAGAGGAAGCGGUAGAACACGAAUCAUUGAUAGUCAAUGUCAGUGCAGAAAAACAACAAGAGACAGACCAAGAAUUCUUGUCGUCGUCGCAGCAAGUUAAUGAAUCAUAUAAAUUACAAAGUAAAUCUCUAGAUUCAUCACCUCUCCUAAGUGCCAGUGAUAAAGAAAAACAAGAAGAUGAUCUAAAGAAAAAAUCGUUACUCGGACAAUUACAAUCUUGGCAAUUUAUGCUCAUUUGUUUAUUUAUGAGUAUUAAUUCUUUACAUUCUGUAUUCUAUAUUGGUAUUGUUAACGAAUUAUUCACUGAAUCCAUUUAUAUUGAUAUAUUUAAUUAUUCAUGGAAUGGAGGAUUAAUAUUAGUUCCAGUUGUUGGUUUUAUUAUGCUUAAAUCUAGUCUUGCAAUGAAUGCAUUUUAUAUCAAUAUUAUUGGAGUAUUAUUUGGUGUAUUUUCUAGUAUUCCAACGCCACAACCAUUACAAUUUGCCACCUUUUUCUUUGUAUCCUUUCAAAAUGUAUUUAUUUGGGGUUAUUUUUUUAUUUAUUUAUCAGAAGUUUUUGGAUACAGUCAUUAUGGAAAAUUAAUGGGAAUAAGUUCAAUCAUCACAGCUGUUAUUGGUUUAUUAGAGUAUUUAUUGGUGUAUUUAACUUUGAAUGAAUUGAAAUAUUUUUGGAUUAAUAUUAUUUUGACAGUCAUCAAAAUACUAUUAUUUGUAUUCCCUUAUAAAUUAUGGAGAUAUGAAAGAUUAAAGAAUUCAAAAUAUCAAUUAGAGGCAUAA